AUGGACACUGAUGAGUUCCGAGCCAGUGGUCGCGAGAUGGUCGACUAUGUCGCUGACUACCUGGAGACCAUCGACAAACGCACCCCAUUUCCUUCAGUCUUGCCUGGGUACCUGAGGGAGCUGAUCCCAGACGAGGCACCCCUGAAUGGGGAGUCCUGGGAGGAGGUGAAAAAAGAUAUUGACAGGGUCAUCAUGCCAGGGGUGAGUAUCACCUAUUGCUAG